AUGAAGUACGCUUUCGCUCAAGUCGCGUUCGGCCUUGGUGCCAACGCCUUCGUUGCCCGUGAGGCCUCCCAAUGCAUUCAAUUGCAGGCUUCUGGUGGCCAGUCAGGAGUUCUGGGCCAGCUCGGUGACGGUCAGAACCGUGUCGGUGGUGGUCACCCGACCGGCUGCUACUGCUUGAGCAGUGGUGGUUUCACUGACUCUAACGGCCGCGGGUGCAUCCUCACUCCUCCCACAACCCAGUUCCAAUGCGAUGUUGGUGCUAGCCCUACCACUGGUUUCGCCGUGGGUUCCAGCGGCUCUGUCACCUACAACGGCAGCUCCAAGUUCUACGCUUGCCCUGCUACAGACACGGAGUACAACGUCUACACCUCGCCCGUAGCUGGCCAGGACAAGUGCGUUGAGAUCUCCUUGAGCUCUGCUGGAUCCUGUGGAUCAGGCUCCGCACAGUCCAGCGCACCCGCUGGUUCGCAGCCCGCUAAGAGCUCUGCUGCUCCCCAGCCCUCGCAGCCUGCUCAGAGCUACCCUGCUCAGAGCGCUCCUGCACCCAAGCCUUCCGCUCCCGCUCCUAAGCCUUCGCAGCCCGCCCAGAGCCAGCCUGCACCUAAGCCAUCUCAGCCCGCCCAGAGCUACCCUGCUCAGAGCGCUCCUGCACCCAAGCCUUCCGCUCCCGCUCCUAAGCCUUCGCAGCCCGCCCAAAGCCAGCCUGCACCUAAGCCAUCUCAGCCCGCCCAGAGCUACCCUGCUCAGAGCGCUCCUGCCCCUAAGCCCUCGGCCCCCGCUCCUUCUGCUCCCGCUCAGUCCGGCAACAAGUGCCCUACUGACCUGAACGGUGCAUACCAGUACCCCCACCUCAUCAUUCCUGUCGACUCCCAGCAGCCCUCCAAGGCCUUCGGUACAUCCUACAAUGGCAAGGUCGAUAGCCACACCUGCUCGAUUUUCAACUUCGACAUUCCCACAUCUUAUUCCGGCAAGACUUGCUCUGUCCUCUUCCUGUUCCCUGAACAGAAGGACCUCGAGACCUCUUCCUUCACUGUCUCCGGUAGCGGCAAGGUCGACUUCACCAAGCUCAAGAGUCCCGCCAGCCAGCAGACCACCUACGCCAACCAGCCUGGCAAGGAGUCUGACCUCGCAUCAAUGUCCGUCGCCCCCGGCAACUCUUAUGCCAUCACUUCUGGUGACUGCGCUGCUGGCCAGACUGUCAGCUACGAGAUCUGCAGCAGCGGAGACUUCUCUCUCGACUACUUCCAGGACUACAACCCUAGCCCCAUUGGCCUCUACGUUCGCCAGUGCUAA